AUGGCUGAGUUUGAAGCUUGUGUUCUUCAAUUAAAAAUGGCCAUUGACAUUAAUGUCUACGAGUUGCUGUAUGUACAGAAGUUGUGCAAAAGAUAUCGUAAGAUCGAGCAUACUCCCAGAAUACAGAAUGAGUCGGACGACGCUCUUGCCAUAAUCGCUUUAGUGAUUAAACACCCGGAUAUAGAUUACAUUGAUCCUUCUGAAAUAGAACUAAAGGAACAUCCGGUCCAUUGUUUACAUAUUGAAGCGGAACCAGACAGUUUGCCUUGGUAUUUUGAUAUAAAGAAGUAUUUGGAGUUCGGAACUUAUCCUGAAGAUGCUACAUCCAUCCAGAAGAAGUCGCCGGCAAGCUUAUUGAACAGAUACAUGCUGGAGUUUCUGGAACGCAUAUGA